AUGGUCGGCGCUCCUUCUGCUGCCGCCAGUUUGGUCGGCUUCCUUUCCGAACCCGACACAGCGCUGCAGGUCUUCGCUUUGGAUGAGCUGAACAAGGACAUGGACAACAUCUGGACUGAGGUCUCGGGCUCUAUCGACGAGUCAUUUCCCAACCGCGAGCUAGCAGCACUUGUGGCGGCCAAGGUCUACUACCAGCUCCAGGAGUACAACGAGUCUAUGGUCUUUGCCCUCGGCGCUGGCAAGCUCUUCCGUCUCGACCACCAGGGCGAGUUUGAAGAGACCAUCUGCAUCGACACGUACGUUGCUCUCUCGGCGCUCUCAAACCCUCCUGCUCCCUCAAGUUCCGUACCAUCAGCUUCUGUCAACGACUCGUCGCUACCCACAGCCAACGGCAGUGCCGUCACUACCACUCCCUUCUCGCAAUCCUCCGCACCACCGAAGUCCCUCCUAUCCCGCGAAAUCGAUGGCGUCCAAACCGAUGGUGCAGCUGCCGGAGUUUCUGGCUCGCACCCUUCUCCGAAUUCACUCUCGCCCGCGACACAAAAGAGUCUUCACGGUGUCAUCCAGCGCAUCUUCGAGUCAUGUUAUGAAUCAGGCGCAUAUCGCCACGUUGUAGGCAUUGCUAUUGAGGCACGCAACCGUCAAGUCUUGAAGGAUGCAAUCCUCCGUUGUGGCAAGGACAAGCAAAGCACUGACGAGUUGAUGGAGUACGUGCUCGACAUCUGCAUGAACGUGGUUCAAGAGCGUGGCUUAAGAGACGAGAUCCUGCAGCUCAUUCUCGAGCUGCUCAACGACAUCCCCGACCCCGAUUACUUCGCCAUUGCUCGAUGCGUUGUGCAUCUCGGUCAGUACUCUAUGGCUAGCAAUAUGCUGCGCCAGCUCGUGCAGAAGGCUGAUGCAAAGUCUCUUGCAAUCGCAUACCAACUGUCGUUCGACUUGUAUGAGAACGGUACUCAGGAGUUCUUGAUCCGUGUCAUGGAGGAACUGCCUUCGAGCGACGACAAGUCGCCUGAGCCCACAAGCGAAGGCGCUGAUGAUGCUGACGAGUCUACUCAGCUCUUGUCUGAAUUGCGUAGGAGCACAGGACCUUCGGGAGCAAAGGCCAGCACAGCAGAAGAGAAGAAGGCUUUCAACUCAAUACGCGACAUCCUGCGCGGUACGACUAGCAUUGAGCUGAACCUGGAGUUCCUCUUCCGCAACAGCCACACAGACAAGCAGAUUCUCAACAAGGUUCGCGAUAGCCUCGAGGCUCGCAACUCCAUCUUCCACACUGCAGUCACCUUCUCCAACGCUUUCAUGAACUCUGGUACCACCGUCGACACUUUCUUCCGCGACAACCUCGAGUGGUUGGGUAAGGCUGUGAACUGGUCAAAGUUCACUGCCACUGCUGCUCUUGGUGUCAUUCACAGAGGUAACUUGGCCAAUGGUCGCAAGCUUCUCGAGCCCUACCUUCCCAAGCGCAAUGCCGUUCCUGGCUCUGGUUCUCCUUACAGCCAGGGUGGUUCUCUUUACGCUCUUGGUCUUAUCUACUCAAACCACGGUACUAAUGUGCUUGACUACCUUCUCGAGCAAUUCAAGGAUACUCAAGAAGAGGUUGUUCAGCACGGUGGUGCUCUUGGUCUCGGUGUUGCCGGUAUGGCUACCGGCUCUGAAGAUAUCUACGAGGCUCUCAAGGGUGUGCUCUACAGCGAUUCGGCCAUUAACGGUGAAGCCGUUGGUCUUGCCAUGGGUCUUGUCAUGCUCGGCACUGGCAACACCAGAGCUCUCGAGGACAUGAUCACCUACGCCCACGACACACAGCACGAGAAGAUUGUGCGCGGUCUUGCCAUGGGUAUGGCUUUGAUCAUGUACAACCGUCAAGAAGGUGCCGACGAGUUGAUUAACGGCCUGCUCGACGAUGCAGACCCGACACUGAGAUACGGUGGUAUCUUCACUGUUGCACUUGCCUACUGUGGUACCAGCAGCAACAAGGCUGUCAGAAAGUUGCUUCACGUCGCUGUCAGCGAUGUCAGUGAUGAUGUCCGCCGUGCCGCUGUCAUGUCAUUGGGCUUCGUUCUCUUCCGCAAGCCUGGUGCUGUUCCUCGCAUGGUCGAACUCCUUUCUGAAUCCUACAACCCACAUGUCAGAUACGGUGCCACUAUGGCCCUUGGUAUCGCCUGUGCUGGAACCGGUCUGGAUGAGGCCAUCGAUCUCCUUGAGCCUAUGAUGAAGGACUCCGUCGACUUUGUUCGCCAGGGUGCUCUCAUCUCAUUGUCAAUGAUCAUGGUCCAGCAGAACGAGGCCAUGAACCCCAAGGUCGGCACCAUCCGCAAGACCUUGCANAAGAUCAUCAGUGACAGACACGAGGACGCCAUGUGCAAGUUCGGCUGCGCUCUUGCUCUCGGUAUCAUCGAUGCUGGUGGCCGUAAUUGCACUAUCGGCCUGCAAACUCCUACCGGCAAUCUCAACAUGUCCGCCAUUGUCGGUAUGGCCGUCUUCACACAAUACUGGUACUGGUUCCCUCUUACUCACUUCCUUACUCUUUCCUUCACACCUACCGCCAUCAUCGGUGUCGACUCAGAUCUCGAGAUCCCCUCAUUCAAGUUCCACAGCAAUACUCGUCCCAGUGUAUUCGACUACCCGCCUGAGGCUGAAGUCAAGGCUGAGGAGGCUCCUGAGAAGGUCAAGACUGCCAUCUUGUCGACAACAGCACAUGCCAAGCGCAGAGAACAAGCAAAGAAGAGACAAGCUAGACGUGAGAGCAUGGACAUCGACAUGACACCCACGACCCCCAAGGUCGAAUCUGGCGACAAGAUGGAUGUCGAUGAUAACGUCAUUGAUACAGCCAAGCUUGCCGAGNNGGAGAAGGGCGAGGCUGCACCUACAGAAGGUAGCACAAAGAAGAAGGCUGAGCGUGAGAAGGUUGGCUACGACCUCGAAAACAUGAGUCGUGUCCUUCCUGCGCAGAUCAAGUACAUUUCGUUUGCACAGGAUGGCCGUUACCAACCAGUGAAGAAGCCCACUGGUGGUGUCAUCCUUCUCCACGACACGCAAUCAUCCGAAUCAAAGUCUCUGCUUGAGCUUAAGGCCAAGAAGAAGACUAACAAUGCUGCUGCUGCACCUGUUGUUGGCGGAUCAUCACAGCAGGACACGCCAUUCACACCUGCCCGCCAGACGGGCGAUGACGCUCUUGCUGCAUUGGGCUUCGGUGCCGCAGCAGGUGUUGGCGCAGCUGCCGCAUCUGGUGUACUAAAUGCAGUCGAUGAGGAUGUGGAAGGUGGCGAGGAGGCAGAAGUUCCUGAAGAGUUCGAGGUCGAGGAUGAGGACAUGGCUGACGACGAAUAA